AGAAGCAUCAGUCACCCAGAGACACAAAAACAUCUGGUGACAUCCCUUCAACUGGUCUACAAAGAAACUUGAUAUCAUUUGCCUGUUUUCAGGGAGGCAGAGGAGAGUCGGAGAUUUUGAAUACAUUGAAAAUUCUAACCAUGAAAGUCGGACUAUUUGCGGUCCUCUUUGUGGGGACAUUCAGUCUGGGUAUAUGGUCUGUUCCCCUAAAGUCAGUCGUUGUUGAAUUUCCUGGAGACGUCAUCAGAAAGUUUACCAACAGAGAACUUGCAGAGGACUACCUGGAGCGUUAUGGCUACAUGAAUGUCCUGCACAAGAGUGGGCAGCAGCCCGCUGUGUCUGCAUCCAAAGCUCUGAUGAGGAUGCAGAGGCAGAUGGGUCUUGAGGAGACUGGCAGACUGGAUGAGUCCACCAUCAACGCCAUGAAACAGCCACGGUGUGGCGUCCCUGAUGUUCGUAACUACCAGACCUUUGACGGCGACCUCAAAUGGAACAACAAGGAUGUCACUUACAGGGUCCUGAACUACUCCCCUGAUAUGGCAGCUGAAUUGAUUGAUGACGCAUUCGCCCGCGCUUUCAAAGUGUGGAGUGACGUUACACCCCUGACUUUCACAAGGCUUUAUGAUGGCACUGCAGACAUCAUGAUUUCUUUUGGAAAAGCUGAUCAUGGAGAUCCCUACCCAUUUGAUGGAAAAGAUGGUCUUUUAGCACAUGCCUAUCCACCAGGCGAGGGUAUGCAGGGUGACGCCCACUUUGAUGACGAUGAAUUCUGGACUCUUGGAGCUGGACCAGCGGUGAAGACCCUGUAUGGCAACUCAGAUGGUGCUAUGUGCCACUUCCCCUUCACAUUUGAGGGUCAAACCUACACCAGCUGCACCACUGAGGGGCGCACUGAUGACCUGCCCUGGUGCUCAACCACAGCUGACUAUGACAAGGACAAGAAGUUUGGCUUCUGCCCAAGCGAACUGCUCUACACAUACGAUGGGAACAGCAAUGGAGCAGCGUGUGUUUUUCCCUUUGUGUUUGACGGCGAGACAUACAAUGGAUGUACCACAGAGGGCCGCAGCGAUGGGUACCGCUGGUGCGCCACAACGAAUGACUUUGACAAAGACAAGAAGUACGGUUUCUGUCCCAGCCGAGAUACAGCCGUGAUCGGGGGGAACUCCGAGGGAGAGCCCUGCCACUUCCCCUUCACCUUCUUGGAGAAAACAUACACUUCUUGCACCAGUGAAGGUCGCUCAGAUGGCAAGCUGUGGUGUGGGACUACAAGCAGCUAUGACAAAGACCAGAAAUGGGGAUUUUGCCCAGACAGAGGAUACAGUCUCUUCCUGGUUGCAGCACAUGAGUUUGGACAUGCCCUCGGUCUGGAUCAUUCCAAUAUUCAAGAUGCCCUGAUGUACCCUAUGUACAAAUACGUUGAGACAUUCUCCCUGCAUGAGGAUGACAUUGAAGGCAUUCAGUAUCUCUAUGGAUCAAGUACUGGCACUAAGCCCACCAAGCCUCCCAAGCCCACAACCACAUCCCCACCUAGGCCUACUCCUGAGACAGAGCCCACAAAGACAACCACCAGGCCAACCACCGCACACCCCGUCGACCCCUCAGCAGACCCCUGCCAAGUGGAUAUGUUUGAUGCCAUUACUGACAUCCAAGGACAGCUCCACUUCUUUAAGGAUGGGCAAUACUGGAAGAUGUCAGGCAAAGACCACAAAGACCUCAAGGGACCUUACCCUAUGGCUGAUAUGUGGCCUGCCGUGCCUGCUGUUAUUGACACCGUCUUUGAGGAUCACCUCACCAAGAAAAUCUACUUCUUCUCAGGCACCAGGUUUUGGGUCUACACUGGAAAGAAUGUUCUAGGUCCACGCAACAUUGAAAAGCUGGGCCUUCCUAGCACCCUUAGUCGUGUUGAGGGGUCUGUGCAGAGGGGCAAAGGAAAGGUUCUGCUCUUCAGUGGGGAAAACUACUGGAGACUGGAUGUCAAAGCUCAGAUUGUUGACAAAGGAUACCCCCGUUUCACUGACCAAGUCUUUGGUGGAGUCCCUACAGAUGCUCACGACGUAUUUAUCUACAAAGGCCACACUUACUUCUGCCGUGGCCGUUUCUACUGGAGGGUGAAUUCUCGCCGGCAAGUGGACAGAGUGGGCUAUGUGAAGUAUGACGUCCUGAAAUGCCACACUGGGUACCGCUACUGAGAGACACGUGUCCCCCGUUACAAUUGAGCCACUCAGGUUUCAGUCUUAUCUGUGAUCUGCUGGUAAAGAUUUCCAGUCCUUGGGAACUCUUGUCAACUUUGUCAUAGGAAAACAUGGCAAGAGCAAAAGCUCCGACCCAUUUGAGCUUGGUCUCUGGUUUGAAAUUGAGAGAUUAUUGAUCAUGACCAUCAUUCUCAUGAAUGAUACAAAUCAGUAAACCUUCCAAGGUCAAGAUAACAUAGGAUAUUUUUACAAGUUUGGAGGGCCUACUCCUCUUAAGAGUAUGGUUAUGGAAGAAUGCAUUAUGGAUAUCAGUAUUGUUUAAGUUCUAAAGAAGUAUUGUCAAACUAAGGAUUUCCCAAGAUGUCCUAGCUGAAGCCAACUGGAUACAUUGAACCACUGUUGGUUCUCUAUUUAAAGUUUGCCUGGUGCAAAUUGACCUCUCGAGUUCUGAUGUGAAGUUAUGUGGACUUAAAUUAUCUGAUUUUGUUAUUGUUUGUGUUGUUUUAUUUGAUGUUUGCACUUGUGAAUCUAAUGUUAACACGAAAUAUUUAUAUAAAUCAUCAUGUUUUCACUUUUCUAAAAGAUGAACGCAAUAAAUUAAACCAUUUGUUAACA